GAGUGGACACGACCUUCGUGAAGCAACUUCGGUUAGGCUUCCUCGCACGAGUUUUGGUGCGCCUGGAGAGGCACCGCGACCCAGCAGGUCUCCGAGUCGUUUUUAAGUUUGCGAACUCCGACUCGGAGCAUCUUUCGACCAUCUUCAACUUACCCUUUGAGGAGGUUGAUUCCUGGUGGACCAACGUCCUCCAGGCAGCAACGGCUCCUAAUCUUUCGUGA